GGGACGGCUCAGAGGAGCCUGCAGCUUUGGAGCAACAGCCUCCCUCCGCGCGCGGAAAACAUCUGCCCGACUCCAACUUUCGGAUGCUUUAAAACCACAAGAGAAGCGGCCUGAGGAGUCAACAGUUUCAGUUUGUUUGUUCAAAUACAAGAAGCAGGAGUCUUUUGGAGAGUCUCUCCCGCAGAUUUGGGAUGCUGGGUCCCUGCGCGCUCCGCUCCUUGCUGUGCGUCCUGAGCUGCGCGUGGUGGCUUCACGCGGGACAAGCCUCGCGGGCCAAGUCUCCAUCUCUGCCCAUCCAGUCGGAGAGAGAGCCGCUGCCUUCCAAGGGCCUGGCAGGAUGCUCCUUUGGAGGUCGGUUUUAUUCUCUGGAAGACACGUGGCACCCGGAUCUUGGGGAACCUUUCGGCGUCAUGCACUGUGUCCAGUGCUACUGUGAACCCCAAAAGACUCGCCGGGGAAAGAUGUUCGGGAAGGUCAACUGCAAGAAUAUAAAACAGGACUGUCCGGAACUGGACUGUGACGACCCCGUCCUGCUGCCAGGGCACUGCUGUAAGAGCUGCCCUAAAGAUACUAAGAAACAGAGCGACCCUCUCCUGGAUGGCUUUGAGUUCUUGAACGAGAAGAGCAAAGACGACGAUCUCCACAAAUCCUACAACGACAGAUCUUACCUGAGCUCUGAAGACACCAACCCAGGAGAGAGCCGCACCGAUUUUGUAGCGUUGUUGACAGGAGUGACCAACUCGUGGCUGCCCAGCUCAAGCGGAGUCGCCAGAGUUCGAUUGACUCUGACCAGGAACAGCUUGACUUUCUCCAUCACAUAUGAGAGAAUGAGCCGCCCCGGUAAGGUGGUCUUCAUGGACUCUGAUGGGACCACUGCCUUUGAAUACAAAAUCCCCAAAGAGCCGUCAGACAUGAUCUGUGGAGUUUGGAAAAACGUGGCCAAGCCUCUCCUGAGACAGCUGCAGUCCGAGCAAAUGCACAUCAACAUGGCCACGUCUGCCAGCAGAAGGGAAGAGCUGGAGGGGAAGAUCAUCAAACACCGGGCGCUGUUCGCUGAGACGUUCAGUUCAAUCCUGACGUCAGAGGAGGAGAACUCGGGCAUGGGAGGCAUCGCCAUGUUGACCUUAAGUGACAGCGAGAACAACCUCCACUUCAUCCUCAUCAUGCAGGGUCUCAUCAAGCACAAAGAGCCUGUGCUGGUGCCCAUCCGGGUCCAGCUGGUGUACCGCCAGCACGUCCUGAGAGAGGUCCGGGCUAACAUCACCUCCCAUGAUCCAGACUUUGCAGAAGUCCUGACCAACUUGAACAGCCGAGAGCUGUUCUGGUUAUCUCGAGGUCAGCUGGAGAUAACCAUUGAAACCCAGGGUCAGGACCCGCGGCGGAUCUCCGGAUUCAUCACAGGCAGAAAGUCCUGUGACACUAUUCAGAGUGUGAUGUCCAGUGGAGACACGCUGACCCCGGGGAAGACGGGGGGUGUGGGAUCCGCCAUCUUUAACCUCCACAGUAAUGGAACGCUGGACUAUAAGGUCCAGGUGGCGGGUCUCAGCAGCGAGGUCCUCGGCCUCACCAUCGAGCUGAAGCCUCGGCGCAGGAACAAGCGCUCCGUCCUCUACGAUUUGACCCCAGAGUACAGUAAACCCUCUGGUCAGGCAGAGGGCAGCUGGAGUCGGAUGGAAGCUCGACACAUCCACAUGCUGCUGCAGAACGAGCUCUUCAUCAAUGUGGCCACGGCGCAUUACCAGGAGGGGGAGCUCCGUGGGCAGAUCAAGGCGCUGCCGUACAGCGGUCUGGAGGUUCCCAGAAACGAGCUUCCCACUCCUCUGGCUGGAUACUUUGUGUCCCCACCUGUGAGAACCGGGGCCUCUGGCCACGCCUGGGUGUCGGUGGACAAACAGUGUCAUUUGCAUUACGAAAUAGUAGUCGCAGGUCUCAGUAAGGGCGACGACAGCACGGUGAACGCCCACCUCCACGGACUGGCCGAGAUCAGAGAGUUGGAGGACAGCGGCAGCGCACACAAGAGGCUGCUGACCGGUUUCUACAGCUCCCAGGCUCAGGGAGUUUUAAAGGACAUCAGCGCUGAACUGUUGCAACAUCUGGACCAGGGAACGGCCUUCAUCCAAGUCAUCACCAAGAUGAACCCUCAAGGAGAAAUACGAGGAAGAGUUCACGUCCCAAACAGCUGCAAGUUUGGUGUGGGAGGAGACGGGGAGGAGGCCGAGUUCGGUGAUUUCUUUGUGAAGGACCCUGAGGAGCUGAAGAAAGACCCCCACACCUGCUUUUUUGAGAACCAGUACCAUGCCCACGGCUCCAACUGGACCCCCAACUACGACCCGUGUUUUUCCUGCAGCUGCCAGAAGCGGACAGUGAUCUGUGACCCGGUCAUCUGUCCAGUCCAGACCUGUUCCAGAACCAUUCAGCCUGAGGACAAGUGCUGCCCAGUCUGUGAUGACAGGAAAGAGCCUAAAGACAUGAAGGCCUCAGAGAAGGUGGAUGAACAUCCUGAAGGUUGCUACUUUGAAGGAGACCAGAAGAUGCAUGCUCCAGGAACCACCUGGCAUCCCUUUGUUCCUCCUUUUGGCUACAUUAAAUGUGCUGUCUGCACCUGCAAGGGGUCCACGGGGGAGGUCCACUGUGAGAAGGUGACGUGUCCCGUGUUGACGUGCAGUCACCCUGUGAGACGCAGCCCCUCCGACUGCUGCAAGGAGUGUCCGGAGGAGGAGAGGACGCCUGCAGGCCUGCAGCACGGCGACAUGAUGCAGGCCGAUGGCACGCGCAACUGCAAAUUCGGGAAGAAUUAUUACCAGAACAGCGACAGCUGGCACCCCUGGGUGCCGCUAGUGGGAGAGAUGAGGUGCAUCAACUGCUGGUGUGACCACGGUGUCACCAAGUGUCAGAGGAAACAGUGUCCCGUACUGAGCUGCUCCAACAUCACGCGCACCGAUGGUUCCUGCUGUCCUGAAUGUGCAGAUGACAAAGAGGCUGGACUGAUGAUGAUGAAAGCACCAGAGAAAGGAAGAAGCCGAAGACACUGAUCCGUUGGAAGCCCAAAGAAGAAUCCCAAACUCUUCCCACCCUCCUCCUCCUCAUCCCCAUGUGGACCUAAUUCCAGAGCUGCACACUGGGGGCCCCCGUCCACCCCACACCAGACACCCACCCUCUUAUCAGCUUCAAGAUUGUAUCAAAGAUGGAAGAACAUAGAAGAAACGGUGAGGAUCAGCCAAACGUUCCUCUUUCCUGCCUCGGCUGGAACGGUGAAGUUCCGCCAGGAGAAGCGAUGGAUUCCUGUCAGUCUUGGACUGAAAUCCAGCUGGAUUUGGAAAACGUUGGGAAGACUGCGCGUCGUCUUCCCCUGACAGAGCGCGUCUUUGGCGCGCAGACUGGACACGGCGACAGAAGUAUGAUUGAGUGCAGAUGAAGAGUCCCGAGCCAAAACUUUAGAUCGUUUUCUUCAACUGUUGCAGCAAACAUGACAUCAGCCACUCUCAGAGCCUCUCUGAAGUAGAAUUUCUCUCUGGCUGAUUGAUUUUUUUUGUCUGGACCUCCAGUUGAACAGAUGUAUCUACUGUAGUGGUCAGUGAAUGUAAAUUUGCAGGCUGUUUUUGUACCUGUUUUUCUUUGAAACUCCUGUAAAUAGACACUUUUCCAACUUUCUUUGUUCCUUUUUUUAUAUUUUGAAACGACUGUUUGUUUUUUUUUCUUUGUUUUCUCCACGCAGAAUAUUAAGCUGGUCUGUUUUUUUGUAUUUAUUGAGCUGCGUGGAAACCAAAUAAAAGAAAACAAGACAUGAGCUCAUCUUGAUGCGAUCAUAUUACCUCAAAGGAUGCUUUUCUUCUCCAUUUUCUUUAACUUUACUCUUCAGUUUUAAAGUUUCCCAAAUGGGAACUUGUUCAACCUUUUCUUCUUAUAAGUUUUUUAUAUAUUUUACUUCUUUUGUCGCUCAAUCCCCUGAAUUGUCACCUUUAUUUUUCCUUUUAUCCUGGAUCUCCUCCCCUUUUUUGGUCUGUUUUUUUGUUUCCUGUUUCUACUUUUAUAUUAAAUACAGAUUUAGUUCCUUCCCUUUCCUCUGUUUCUAUUAGCAUGUGUGUCCUUCACAUGCCUCUGCAUUUACAUGCAUGCACACGCACAUUCACAGAUGUGUGUGUGUGCGUGCAAACCAAACCGUCAAAGGAGGGUCUGUAAAUGUGUUGUCGCCCUCUGCUGGAGAGAACUCGUUACUGCCCAGCUGUCAGAGGGCAUCACCCGCUGACCUCCAGUGACUCCAGAAACUUUCAAACUUAAACGACAUAAAUGAUGAUCAGAUCUGACCAAACUUCUACAGCUGUGGAUUCACCGGUUCUGAAAGGUAAAAUGUCUUUAUUUAUUUGACAUUUAAAUCAAAAAUGGGAGAUAAAGCCUCUUAAGAUGAAACAUCUCAUUUUUUGAGCGAGUCCUACUUUGAACUGGUUUGAAUUAUUUACAUAAAUGCUGAAAUGUUUCUUAAAGUGGUAAAAUAGGUUUGAAAUUUUAAUGCUGUUGUUACAAAUCACAAUGAUUUUAGAGUUUCCUAUUUCAGAAUGUGUUUAUUUCU